ACUGUGGAUUCGGGUUGGGAUUUUCUGACGCCGUAUGUUUUUCUUAAAAUAUUUGUUUUCGUACGCUGUUGGGGUUCGUCAACCGUGCGCGAUCGGCGCCGUAAUCGGCAGUGGAAAUGAUGAACUCCAGUGUCGACCUGUCCCGGCGGAAUCCGCAGGAGGAUUUCGAGCUGAUCCAGAGGAUAGGAAGCGGCACAUACGGAGAUGUGUACAAGGCUCGUAAUGUAAACACAGGAGAACUGGCUGCUAUCAAAGUCAUCAAACUGGAACCGGGUGAGGACUUUGCUGUCGUCCAGCAGGAGAUUAUAAUGAUGAAGGACUGUAAACACUCCAACAUCGUUGCCUAUUUUGGCAGUUAUCUCCGGAGAGAUAAGUUAUGGAUUAGUAUGGAGUACUGUGGGGGAGGUUCUCUGCAGGACAUCUAUCAUGUAACUGGGCCUUUGUCAGAGUCACAGAUAGCCUACAUGUCACGGGAGACCCUGCAGGGUUUAUACUAUCUGCACAAUAAAGGCAAAAUGCACAGAGACAUCAAGGGAGCCAACAUCCUCCUGACAGACAACGGCUAUGUUAAACUAGCUGACUUUGGUGUAUCAGCCCAGAUCACAGCGACUCUAGCCAAGAGGAAGUCAUUCAUUGGAACUCCUUACUGGAUGGCUCCAGAGGUAGCAGCAGUGGAAAGGAAAGGAGGUUACAACCAGCUAUGUGAUAUCUGGGCCGUCGGCAUUACUGCAAUAGAGCUGGCUGAACUACAGCCACCCAUGUUUGACUUGCACCCCAUGAGGGCUCUGUUCUUAAUGACCAAGAGUAAUUUCCAGCCUCCGAAGUUGAAAGAUAAACUGAAGUGGACAAAUAACUUCCACCACUUUGUCAAACUAGCCCUGACCAAGAACCCAAAGAAGAGGCCCACAGCUGAGAAACUCCUGCAGCACCCUUUUGUGUCGCAGCCCCUCAGCAGGACGCUGGCAAUCGAGCUGCUGGAUAAAGCCAACAACCCCGACCACAGCACCUACAACGACUUUGAUGAUGACGACCCUGAACCUGAGUUUAAGUACAGGGGUCAUUUCCUACCCAUAAGCCCCGGUGCUCGACGUGCACCCCGUUUUGCGGCCCGUAGGAAGUCUCCGGUCUCUGUUCCUCAUCGUAUUCGUUCCACCAGCAGGAGCACUAGGGAAGGAAAGACGCUGUCUGAGAUUAACUUUGGUCAGGUGAAGUUUGAUCGUCCAUAUAGAAAGGAGACAGAACCCCAUCAUGAGCCGUGUGAUUCUGAGCCCUAUCUGGACUGUGUUGAGGAGCUCUACUAUACCGCGAGAUCUAAUCUGGACCUGCAGUUGGAGUAUGGGCACGAUUCAUCAAGUCUACUGGGAGGAAACAAGAGUCUUCUCAAAUCUGUGGAGGAAGAGCUUCAGCAGAGGGGCCAUGUGGCACACUUAGGGGAUGAUGAGGAUGAGGAUGAUGAUGGUGCAGAUGAUGAUGAAACUCACACUCAUAAAUCAAGCACCAUCAUGAGGCCAAAGGUCCCACCCCCGCUCCCCCCCAAGCCCAAGUCCAUCUGCUCGUCCCAGCAGCAGCAACAACAGCUAAAACAAGACGACAGCCAAUCACACAGCGAGGAUGAUGGCGGAGGGGGAGGGACCAUCAAACGCUGUCCAGUCCCAGAGACACCGAGCCCAGCCAAGCCCGCCUCCAACGUCCCCCCACGACCCCCGCCCCCGAAGCUGCCACCCCACCGCCGCAGCAGCCUAGGUAACGAGAGCCCGAAGCGCACGGACGUCGAAAACUCUGCCCCAGAGGAUGAUGGGAGCUUUAGGCAUUUCUGGGAGUGGCUCCACACGCCUCACACAGAGGAGGAGCUGGAGGAGGCAUGGGAGGUGCUGAAGGAGGUGAAAGAGGAGCAGGAAAAAGAGGAUGAAAAGGAAGAGAGAAAUGGGCUGAACUCUCCGCACAAUGGCGAGAGGGACAGUCCGGCAGACAGACAGUCCACCAUGCCCCCUAGUGUCCCCAUACGGAAAGACAAGAAGGAUGUUCCGAAGCCAAUCAGCAAUGGCCUCCCUCCAACACCCAAAGUCCAUAUGGGUGCGUGUUUCUCCAAGGUGUUCAACGGCUGUCCUCUGAAGAUCCACUGUGCCACUUCUUGGAUCAACCCUGACACAAGAGACCAGUAUUUGAUAUUCGGAGCUGAAGAGGGGAUCUACACACUAAACCUUAAUGAGCUGCAUGAGACCACGAUGGAACAGCUCUUCCCUCGGCGGUGUACCUGGCUAUAUGUCAUGAACAGCUGUCUCCUUUCCAUAUCUGGGAAAGCCUCCCAGCUGUACUCCCAUAGCCUGAGUGGUCUGUUCGAACAGGCCCGACAGUUACAGAAGUUACCAGUAGCCAUUCCCACACACAAGCUGCCUGAUAAGAUGAUUCCCAGGAAGUUUGCUGUGUCCAAUAAAAUUCCAGACACUAAAGGUUGCCAAAAGUGCUGCGUAGUGCGGAACCCAUACACAGGCCAUAAGUAUCUGUGUGGAGCCUUCCAGUCCAGCGUCAUGCUGUUGGAGUGGGUGGAGUCCAUGCAGAAAUUCAUGCUCAUCAAGAAUAUUGACUUCCCGUUGCCGUGUCCAUUGGAGGUCUUUGAGAUGUUGGUGGUCCCGGAGCAGACCUACCCUCUGAUCUGCGUGGCGGUCAGUAAAGGCACCGAACUCAACCAGGUGGUCCGAUUCGGCACCGUCAACCCCAACUCUACCUCCUCCUGGUUCACAGAAGCAGACACACCACAGUCAUGUGUGAUCCAUGUCACUCAGCUAGAGAGAGACACUAUCCUGGUCUGCCUCGACAGGUGUAUAAAGAUAGUGAACCUCCAAGGUCGGUUGAAAUCCAGCAGAAAGCUGUCAGCUGAGCUGACCUUCAACUUCCAGAUUGAGUCCAUAGUUUGUCUCCAAGACAGUGUACUGGCCUUCUGGAGACAUGGCAUGCAGGGACGGAGUUUCAAGACCAACGAGAUCACCCAGGAGAUUUCUGACAGCACACGCAUCUUCAGACUACUGGGAUCAGACAGACGUGCUGACUGCAGAGAUCCAGAGGCUGAGGACAGAGGCCUCACUCUGCCCAGAGUGGUGGUGCUGGAGAGCAGGCCUACAGACAACCCUACAGCCCACAGCAAUCUCUACAUCCUGGCAGGCCAUGAAAACAGCUACUGAGACACACACACACAUUCUCACACAUACAGACAAACACACAAACACAUCCUCUAAACAGUCUACCACUAAUGCAAACAAGGGAGUAAGCAACUGGGAGACACACUCAGCACAGCCCCACUGCUAACCCAUCCCAGCCUCCACCUUCUCACCUGGCCUGCCAGAAGUGUAACUGGGAGAUGAUCAGUUCCUGGGUGCAGAUGUGGAUUCCCGGUUGCAGACGUCAGAAAAGCCCUGCAGUGUUACAUGUAUGUAUCAGUGAAGCGUGUUGUAGUAGGACGACGGGUUGUGGACUCGCUUCUGACAGGGCGAGGGGUUAAAACAGCUGGUCUGAGGCCAGUUUGGGUUGCGAUAGCACAGGGAAUCUCUUCUCUGCACCUUACAAGAGCGACUUCAACCCAGAAUCCCAAUACCAUCCCACCUUCCCCCCUGCAUACUGCACACUGGGAAAACAGCAUCCAGCACAGAAGUUUAACUUCAACACUACUUCUUCUACUACUUCUACACACACUAGUACUACUACUGCUACUUGCGCUAAAGCUUCAUAGAACAGCCAUCUUGCACAGAAAACCUUCCCUUCUGUCCUUUGUCGGCUCCUCCUCCCUCUUUCCCUUCUUCCUUUUUUUUAAACAACACCUUUAUUUAUUGUGGCAUGAUGUAACUUUAACAACCAGGAUGGCUUUCCUGUUUUAUUUGUUUUUUUUUUUUUUAAAGAAUAAAAAAGAGAAAACAGACUAAAAAGCUUCGCCACCUCCGCUAGCAUCGAAUUCCAGUACCCGUCACCACACACACACAAGUGCUUAAUUGACCUCUAUUUAAUUGUUGUAAAUAUAAAUGUAGUAUUUUUUUGACAGAGACGAACACUAAAAAGACUGGUCGUGUAGAUAGGCGUGUGUAUAGUUGCUCUGUACAACUGUGGAGACAAACAGAGACAGACGAGCAUGGAGGAGUGACAGGGCAGUAAAUUCACUUCCUAGUUUCCCGAUCAUGUGACGAGGGUCAGGAAGCAAAGACCCCUGCAGGCUCCUCAGAUGGACAGCUUUAGUAAUCUGAUAUUAUUCUAAUAAUGAUCUGGAGCUCAGGAAUGGCCUGAGCAAACGCAGGAAGCGGCACUGAUUGGCCAUUUUCAUCUUGCAUGUGUCACCACAAAGACUUCCUGCUCGUUUGCACCACAGCAACUGUCGUCAGGGCAGCGGAUGUUUUGAGUUUUGUUUUGUUUUUUUUUUUCAUUUAAGCUUCUUUUUCCUGUUUCGCCAUCAUCGUUUGUUUUUUUGUUUUUUUUUAAUUCCGUUUUAAUCAGAAAGACUCAUUUUUCUUCUUAAAUGCUAUUUUUUAUUUUUACUGAACCACUGGUGUUAAAAAAUUUGCACAGAGAAAAAAGCGUAUUUGAUAAACAAAUGUGAUGUCAUUAUAAUAUAUGACCUUGUGUGUAUGCACAGUAUGUGUGCGUGUGUAUGUGUGUGUGCGUAGACAUAGAAUAUGCACAUGCGAGUGCAUCGUGUACAGAUCUGGUCUUUAAUGAGUGACAGUUGUGUCUCUGCACGAAGCCCCUUGAAAAGAGCACCAAGAGAAAAAAGCUGGAUUUACACAGAAAGUAAAAUCCCUUAUAUUUACACAGUAGACCUGGUGUAUAUGAACUGUUAGCCAUCUUCUAGCAUUAAGUUUAACUGGAGUUUGCGCCAUAUAAAUGAACAAGAACUUUAUCUCUGUAUCUCACUCUAACUUUUUAAUAGAUUUUUAUUUCUGUGUAAGUCCUUCCUUUUUAUUCAUUUUAAUUGCAUUUGGACAAAUUUUCAACCCUCAUUGCUGUGACUUUUUUAAAGGCCAGCAUCUGUAUGAGAGAUCACACUACAUGCAUGUAGAUGUGCACUGUGUGGUUGUGGUGUGUAGGAGAGUCUACAUGUGGCAGUACACUACCAGUCUUCACAAGCUGUGACGCUACAGGUUGCUUUAGGAGGACGUGAGCAAAGAAACCAUCUCUAAUGCUGAAAUCUUACAGAGCUAAAACAUUUGGGUUCAUUUUUCGAGUGGACCCCUUUCCAGAUGUUUAUUUCUCAAUCAUUUCCUCCAUAGAUACAGAGGUGUAAGUUACAGCAAGUGAACCACCUAAGCAUUAGGUGAAUACGUCAGAAAAUACAGUAUAUAUAUAUAUAUAUACAAACAAAAACUAAGCACACGAGUGACUUCAUCAGAUCAAUGUGACACUAAAUACCAUUAAGAUAGUGAUAUAUAUGUGAUCAAUGAUCAAUGAUUUUUCUGCUUAAUGGAAACUCAAGAUUUAAUGGCAAUUGUACUAUUUUUUACAAACCUUCGAACAAAAUCUGACACACAGGCUAAAAACUCUGCAUCCUGUGACAUCUAGUGGUUUACAUGACAUUUAUGUCCCUAAAAGAAAUCCAGUCCAGUGCCAGACUUUAAAGCCGUUAGAGACUGAAGAUUUAAAAACUCAUUAUAUCGUCAGUGUUUAGCAACAACACUGAAAUCCAGCCGGCACGAGAGGAACAGGAGCAAUUACAGUAUUGUCCUUUAAAAUGUUAGCUAUUGAGUAAAUGUGAAAUUCAUCAAGUGGAUGACAGCAUUUCAGCUCUGUAUAGAUGUGUCACUGGAUGUUACUAAGGUGCCGCGUAGGGAGUCUGACAGUUAAAGGAAAGAAUGUAACCGCUUUCUGUUCCUCCUUGACCUCUUAUCACACUUUGCGUACAGUGAAAUUUGUCACUUUACCAACACGGUGACUGCGUCCCUCCUCCGGACUUCAGUCAUGGAAAUCACACCAACGCCCCUGCGCGCUAUUUCACUGUGUUUCACUAUGAUUUGUUUGUGAAUAAACGUAUCCUCUCACUGGAUUCCAGCUGCUGAUGCGUUAUUGCACAGUUGUGAUGAAAUAACUUAUACAAGCAUAGUCUAAUCACGUGUAGUGAGUGUGAAUCCACUGUGAGGAUAUAAAUUAUUUGUUUUUUUUUUUGUAUCACCUGUUCACACUUUUCUUGUAUAAGAAUUCCCACAGUGAGUGGGAGUGUUGCUUUGCACCUGGAAAACAUCUGUCAAAUACUGAUCAAACAACACAUUAUGACAGCAUAGCAAAUUGUCAUGUAGUGAGUUGGGAGCAGACACCUUCGUCUUCCUUCGUUGUGUCCUAUCAUGAGACUCUUAAUGCUGUUUGUAAUUUCCCCACACGUCAGCCGUGGAAGAGAUAAACGUUAGAUCAGGUGAAGUCAGCAGGCAGCAGCUGGGGCUGAUUCAGAGAUUCGCUCAAAGCAGGAAGAAAAAAGAUGUUGUGGUCUAAAGCAAACAUGGAAAUACGUUUGCGUUGUUUUGAAUUCCCUUGAAAGUGAAUCACUACUCCAGACAGUGUAGCUGUGAUCAUGUUAUUACAUCUGCUUCUCGCGUUCAUUCAGUUUGAUUCAUCGCCUUUUGGGUCAUUUGAAAUAUCACGGAUUUUAGCAACACUGCAUGUUCAACCCUGCUACCGGUUCAUCAUGUAUUUGAGAAAAUUAAUUAAACAUUCCUUCGCAUUAGGACUCGCUUUAUGUCAAAGAACAUGUAAUUUAUGGAUUUUUUUUUUUUUAAUCUAAAAAAAUAUGUUCUACGUUUAUAUGGCCAAAUUUAGACUUCAGGUCGAUCUCGUGGUAUGUCCUACAAUUUGUCUGAUUUGAAAGACAGCCAUCAACAGUGUAUAUGGUUAACGUUAAACAAAACAUUCUCCGAGACUCUUGUUAAAAUGUCUGUCAGAAGCCGAGAAAUCAGCACAAGGCACUCAAACCUUUCACGUGAAGACAAAGUGAAUGAGAGAUUCCACUGAAAAUGACUGAGAUUUUCUUUCCAGUUUUCCUUUUCCUCUUCCAUUUGCUUUGAAUUUAUUUUGAAUGAUGAGAUCUCAAGCCCAUGAAAAAACUUAUCCUGUAUCAUAGCAGCUCAUUCGUUGACAGUACGUACUGAUUAGUUGAGACAGACCAUAGAAGCAGUUCAUUGUUUUGUCUGGGGGGGGUUUAUUAACUUUUACUUUUUGAGAAACUGUCCCUUUUCGCAGAAAAACAAAAUCCAUUUCUGUGGGAUUGAAUGAUGCUUCAAUGGCUCACGUAAUCAUAAUCCCCCUGAAGCAGGUGCCAACAUGGCCCUCCAUUGUUUGGUUUUGCUGAAGCAUUAAAAAGUCUGUUUUUGUUUUAUAACCUCAGCUAGUCCAGGGUCAAAUCGUGUGACAGUAAAUCAUAGGGAUUGGUUUAUGUGGAUUUUCUGAGACGCUCAGAAAACAAUACUAAAUUAGCAUUACGAUCAUUUCCCCUGGAUUUGCCUGGAUUGCCUGUUCUUUCUGGCACUCACAGUUUCCAUGUGGUGAACUCCACCUGUUUGCUGCUCCGAGCAGAUUAAAGUAAACACAGAUGAGUUAUUUGCAGAAGCUGUUUGAUCCAGGUGUCCGCUCGAUAUUAAACGAAACACAAGUCUCCUCUGUUCUGUCGCUAUUACAUCACCUUUGUCUUUUGUUUUCAUAAUGUAAUGCACACAUUAUGAAAUGUAUAUAUUGUAAAAUAAAAAUGGGUUUGUUUUA